GGACUCCUGCUUCUUAACUUCGUUUGGCAAUCAAAAUCCUUUUUUCCUGUUUCCAAUUGAAGAAUCUUGAUGCAAUUCAGACUAUACUGUUCAAUCGGAGCCAAUCACGUCGGUUUCUGGAUUAUGUUUUUGUUAACCCGAAGUGGGAAAUUUCAAAAUCCUGAAAGAAGUGUUGUACGGAUGCGUAUUUGCAACCUUUUCGUAUUCGAAAAAAGAAAAAAGCCAAAAUAUGGGUGAGGAAGCAAGUAAUCUUUUCCAUCGCAUUUAUGUACUCAUAUUUGAAAAUGAGAAGCAGGAUAGAUAAUUAUGAUCCUUAUCAUCUUCAAUAACUCUAUGCUAUGCUCCUAAGGCAGGAAAAUGAGUAUCAUGUCGGGGAUCCUUCACGGUGUGCCCUUCUUGUUUGAUCUGAGGCAUGAAGAAAGUUAUUAUAAUUAUGCGGGUCACUUAAUUGUUUCUAUCCAUCUGUUUGGCUACUCCCAACUGCAACCUGGCUAUGUUGGCCGGUGUUGGUAAAAGAGGCACUUCUGAACGGCGAUUUGUAUUUGCUGUUAUAGGCAACUUAGGAAUCUGGUAGCUCGUGACGAGGGAAGUGAGUCCCCCUGGGAAGCAGUCGAGGCCAUUAUAGAGAACUAGAGACCUAUUCUAAACGAGAAAAUUCAUGUCGCGAAAGGUACACGUGAAAUCUUGGUAAAAUCCAAAUCGGCAACAAGUAAUCGUUCAGGUGAUCUCUGUAGCAGACGACCAGAAAGACUUGAACUUUUUUGGAUGAAGUUAUCUCAAAAUUUGGAAAUGAUCAAACCUCAAAGAAAUGCAUAUGAUACCUGGGACUUCCUCUUGAUGGAUGAGUUUACCCUUAAACAAGCUGGAAAGAGAUGCGGACGAGGAAAAUAUAAAGCUUGCUUAUCGACGAUUAGCAAAAUUCUACCACCCUGAUGUAUAUGAUGGCAGAGGAACAUUAGAGGAAGGGGAAACUGCUGAAUCUCGCUUCAUUAAAAUUCAAGCAGCAUAUGAGUUGCUUAUUGACGAGGAGAGACGGCGAGCAUAUGAUCAUGAACAUAGGGUGAACCCCAUGAAGGCUUCUCAAGCAUGGAUGGAGUGGCUAAUAAAGAAGAGGAAAGCAUUUGAUCAACGUGGUGAUAUGGCAAUUGCAGCUUGGGCAGAGCAGCAACAACGUGAACUGAAUCUCCGUGCUCGUCGUCUUUCACGUUCAAAGAUUGAUCCAGAAGAGGAGAGGAGGAUUUUAGCGAAGGAAAAGAAAGCAUCAAUGGAUAACUUCUCGAAUACUCUGAAAAGGCAUACGCUUGUCUUGAAGAAAAGGGAUAUAAUGCGCAGAAAAGCAGAGGAAGAGAAGAAGAAAGUCAUAGAUCGACUUCUAGCAGCAGAGGGCCUUGAGAUCCAGAGCGAGGAGGAUGAAUGAAUGACUGAAUUUCCUGAAAAGGAAAUGCAGGGAACUUAACAUCAUCCUCUCCUUGUACCGGUUGUUUGCACUUCGAUCUUGGACUGUACAUAUAUUUCUUCUGUUGACAUUCAUGUAAAGGGAGGAAAAAACAACGAAAAGUAAAUAGGAAG